AUGGUUGAAUCUGUUCAGCCUGUUCUGGCAAUCACCAUCAUUGUCUGUUUGUGUUGCUUUUACUUAUAGACCCACUUCUCUGCAUCUCUACCUCUCUCAAGAGUCAAACCCACUUUCUUCUCCUUUUUCGCUCCCCUUGAUUCGCUCACAUUCGAUUUCUCUCUAAAGAAAAAAGAAAAAAACCAGUCUUUAUACUUUUGCUUUUUCUGUACUGGGUGGGCCUUGAACACAAUGAAUGCGGAGGAGAAAAGGGGUGUUUUGGGUGGUGAAGACAGUGGGAAGGACCGAUUCCCGGUGGGUAUGCAUGUUUUGGCUGUGGAUGAUGACCCAAUUUGCCUCAAAGUGUUGGAGAAUCUGCUUCGUAAAUGCCACUAUAACGUUACAAUCACUAAUCAGGCCAUGACAGCGCUGGAAAUUUUGAGAGAAAACAGAAACAAGUAUGAUCUCGUUAUCAGUGAUGUUAACAUGCCAGACAUGGAUGGCUUUAAGCUCCUUGAGCUCUUGGGCCUUGAAAUGGACCUACCUGUUAUCAUGUUAUCUGCACAUAGCGAUACUGAACUUGUGAUGAAGGGUAUCACUCAUGGUGCCUGUGACUAUAUGUUGAAACCUGUUCGAAUGGAAGAGCUCAAGAACAUAUGGCAGCAUGUAAUCAGGAGAAAGAAAUUUGAGUCCAAGGAUCAAAACAGGUCCCUAAGUCAAGAGAGAAAUAGUGUGGCCACCUUAGGAAAUGGGCAUGGGGUUACAUCAUCUGGUAGUGCUGAUCAGGAUGUUAAAGUCAAUAGGAAACGGAAGGACCAAGAGGAAGAUGAUGAAGAAGAGGGGGAAGAAAAUGGAGAUGAUGAUGAUGAGGACCCUACAAACCAGAAGAAGCCUCGGGUUGUUUGGUCUGUAGAGUUGCAUAGGAAGUUUGUUGCAGCUGUUAAUCAGCUAGGACUUGGCAAGGCGGUUCCAAAGAAGAUUCUUGAUCUGAUGAAUGUUGAAGGCCUUACGAGGGAAAACGUAGCUAGUCAUCUGCAGAAAUAUAGGCUUUAUUUGAAGAGACUCAACAAUGAUGUACCACAGGAGAACAUGGUUGCUGCAUUUGGGAAUAGAGACUCCUCUUACUUGCUUGGAAAUUAUAGCACCUUGUCUGGGAGCGGAAGAUUUUCGAACAAUGGCUUAUCUUCGUAUCCACCUAGUAGCAUGCUUGGCAGAUUGAACUCUUCUGCCAAUUUAAGCUUGCGUGGAAUAAAUUCUUCUAGCCUAAUCCAGCCUAGCCAAACCCAGAGAAAUUCCUUCGCCAGUUUUGGAGAGCUUCAUGCAGCUGUUUUCCCAGGAAACCAAAAUUCAAAUUUAUUACAAGGGAUUCCAGCUUCAAUAGAUGUCAGCCAGUUGCAGAGCAAGUCAGCAGUCCACAUUAAUCGUAAUCAUGAUCUAAGUACUUUUAGUUCUGCCUUGAGCUUUCCUAACACAAGAGUCACUGUUGGUGGUUCAAGUAACGCCAUUCCCAGUCACUCAAGUAACCCUUUGAUGCUACAAGCAAGUGCACCACAGGGACAAAGUAUGGGAGCAUUUGGAACCCUGUCUUCCGUAAGCAUGGGCUCUCUGAAUGCAAGAUCUUUUGAUGUUGGUGUUUGUGGCUCUUCUGAUUUGCUGGAUCAUAGUGGUAGAUGUAGUGAAAGUUGGCAGGGAGGGGUUCAAUUAUCCAAAUUUUCAUCACAUAAUGAUGCAUCGCCAAGUACUAAUUUGAGGGAAAAUAUGUCUUCGACAAGCUCUCUUUUUGGAAAUGGCUCGUUUGAAUUUCCUUAUUCAAGUGUCACUACAGCAUCUUUGGGGAAUUCCAGAGGAAAUAUCCAAUGCAAUUCCGGCUUGAUAGGUAACACGAUUCAGAAUAUGAAUUACACAGCAACGCACAGGUGGGAAGAACAUGGACGGGAUCAUAACAAUAAUCAAAAUCAUUCAUUUGACGCCAUAAAUGGUGGUAUGGUUCCCUUGAGCCACAGUAUGGACCAGAGCAAUGCAGUCUCCAAUAAGAAUGCGUCUUUGAUUAGCAAAUUAAACAGCGGCACUUCACUUCAUACUGAAGUUGAAAAGUACACUCUGGAAAAAAUGGAGCGAACCAAAUCCACGGAUGGUUUCAUUCAAGGCAGUUAUGACUCAUUGGAUGAUAUAAUGAAUGCAAUGAUCAAACGGGACCCCAAUGAAACACUUUUGAUGGAUGGAGAGUUCAGUUUUGAUGCUUAUUCACUUGGGUCGUGUAUAUGAUUAUCCAUGUCUCCGAUGAUCGGUAGAAAAAGUACAGGGCAGCAGCAAACAACCUAAGCUAAGUCCUAUUGCAGAGGAGUUUGUAAAAUCUUGUGAUCUAUUCCAUCCUUGAUCCUCCGCUUCUUUGUCUCCGAUUCUUGGUAAAUUUUCGUAGCCUUGUUUUCUUCUCCUCUCUUUAAAUCCCAUGUUAGUCAAAAAAAUGUCCUGGAUUACUUUGAUAACAGGAUGUUUGUUUGUUCUGUGCACAUUCCUCAUUGUGACAAAAUAAGGCCCGGGAGGGAUUUCAUUUCUUCUGCAA